UGCCACAAUUGUAAACAACUCAAACAAUAUUAGAACAAGAGAGAGAGAGAGAGAGAGAGAGAGAGAGAGAGAGAGAUAGAUAGGAGAGAGAUUGAGCACAAUGGUGAACUUAGUCGAAUUGCAGAAGCCGUUGAUCCACUUCCUCCUGAAGAGGGCCGGGCUGCGACAGCACGCGGUCGAGAUCGAGCCCGGUACGAUCGUAAGCUUCUGGGUCCCAAAAGAAAAAGUCCCGAAGAAGAAGGGGACCGUCAAUGAAGUGGUUCCCGAAGGAAAGAGCGAUAUUGCAGCGAGCAAAGACAAGACAGGAAAGAACGAGAAGGAGAAGCCGGCCGUCGUCCUCGUGCACGGCUUCGCGGCCGAGGGCAUCAUCACGUGGCAGUUCCAGAUCGGCAUACUGGCGAAGCAGUACGCGGUGUAUGUGCCGGAUCUGCUCUUUUUCGGGGGGUCGACGAGCACGUCGACUGACCGGUCCCCUGCAUUCCAAGCCCAGUGUUUGCUGACCGCGCUGGAACGGUUAGGCGUGGAGGCGUGCACGGUGGUCGGGUUCAGCUACGGGGGGAUGGUGGCGUUCAAAAUGGCAGAGGCGAAGCCCGACCUGGUGCGCAAUCUCGUCGUGUCGGGCUCGGUCAUUGCCAUGACCGACUCGAUCACCGACGAGUCGCUGGAGCGGCUCGGGUUCGCGUCGUCGGCCGAACUGCUUCUCCCGGAAUCCGUGAAGGGCUUAAAAGCGCUUCUCUCUGUGGCUACGUACGGGAACCUGUGGUUCCCGGAUCGGCUUCAUAACGAUUAUCUUAAGGUGAUGUUUAGUAAUAGAAAGGAGAGGGCGGAGUUGCUCGAAGGGUUGGUGAUCAGCAACAAAGAUGCAGUAGUUCCCGCGUUAACGCAGAGGAUUCUACUGUUGUGGGGAGAAAAUGACAACAUAUUUAACAUUGAACUUGCUAAGAACAUGAAAGAGAAACUGGGAGAGAAGACCACACUGCAGGCCAUAAAGAAAGCAGGCCAUCUUGCUCACCUGGAGCGGCCGUGCGUUUACAAUCGUCUCCUGAAGGAGUUCCUCGCACGCAUCCACGCCGAACCCUCGCAGAAAUGAUCAAAUAGAUCUCAGGAUAUUUUGUUAUUGCUAUAUAUUCAGAUCAAUUGCGGCUUUCUUUCUUAUUACAUUGUAUUUGUCUCAAUGUAUCGCGGCAUUUAAACUAUAAAAAAAAAAAUUAUGAUUAAGUUACCGUUAAUCCUA